AUGCUAUCUGGAGCGUUCGCAGGCGUUCGGAACAUCGAGCGUUUAAAGAAACUUGCCACUCGCUCAUUGUCUGCUCAAGCAGCAACAGCGCCUGCUGAGAGCUCUUCUGAGUUUUAUUCCCAGGAGUACACCGAGGAACUUCCUCGUCAAAGUAACACUACUACCAUUGCUCAUGCACUUGAAAGCAGACCUGCCAAUUCCUUCAUAGGUCUGCUUUCGUCUAUCCAUUUUGCUUCAACAUACAAUCCUAGAAGAACUACGAGAGACGAGCUCAAACAUGAAAUAAAUCGACUUUUGAGAACUGGUCAACACAGAGCCGUUCUAAAGACGUUUGAUGCGUGGACAUCCUCCGAUAGUGUGGAAGAGUUUCAAAAUCUUCUAAGUCAUGACGAGUUUAGCUACAUCAUGGGAGAACUCGUUUAUUAUCAGAAGGGUCUUCAGAAUCGACGCGGCGUAGGCGCCUUACUGUCGCAAGACAGUAUCAAAUCUGACUCUGAUUCGGCUGAGUCGUGGGAAUAUCAGCAAACAAUCAGAAAAAUAUAUUCCAAUCUUUUAUUUCGUGGUGAAGGAUACAUAUACUCUCGUUCAAAGAGGAACUCUUUGGGUGUUACACAUUAUGACUUAAAUGUGAAGGAUUACGAAAACUUGAUACAACUUGAAGUUAACAAUGCCAAAUUGGAUCUAGCAUCGAAGUGGUUUCAGCGGUUUGAACAGCAGUACCCUGAUAAUUCGCAUUAUCUGAGGAUGACAUACAAGUUGUGGCUCCUAAGGUUCGUCGUAUAUGCUAUCGCUCUGCCUAGCAACUGGACUGUGAUACCUACGGCAGUGAAUACUGUCAAGAAAGAUCCAGUGAGAGCUGCAUUCAAAUCCAGAAAACACUGGCUUGUCUUGUUCAACGAAUUUGCUCAAAAACAAUACUUGAUUCUGGGAAAUACUCACUUUACCUUCGAUAAAGACGCAAUUACCACUGUCAUCUACUCGAUUGCAAAUUCGAGAGAGCCUCAUCAAAUUUACUCAAUGGUGAAGGAAUUGUGGGGAAUAGAUGAAAAGGGUCGCAUGGUGAGCGGUUUUAAGAAGCAUUUACCCGAUGAUCCUCGCUAUCCUGACAUUGAUAUACUAAGAGCCUUAGUGAUCUCUCUAGUGUACAACUACCAAGCUGUGAGUAGCAUGAUUUUUGUGAAGGCCUUCCAGGAACACUAUGGUGUGGAUGUGAUCGAGGGUUCAAAACAUUUCUGGAAUCUGCUUUUCAAAUGGGCGGAACUCACUUCCCGCUUUUGCGAGGACAAGGCUCUUCAAUACUUCUUGAGGAAGACAAAGACAAAACUCGUCACACCUGGUCAAAGGGGGAACUUUACCAUCCUAGAAGCACAAAAAUCACCCGAUUUUGAUUAUGAAGGUUUCUUGACGUUUAUUAAUGACUUGCAAACACAGCGCAGGAGACUCAUGGACGAAUUAUGGAAAUGCUAUAAGAUGUGCAAUGCUGGCUUUUCUCCAAGAGUGUUUGUUUCUUACUUUGCUGUUUUGAAAGAAAGCACGGACGAUGAGAAGAUAUAUGAGUACCUAACAGAGGUAGCUCUGCAGUUGCAUUUACAUCUGCUCUCAAAAGAUUCAUAUAACCAAAGCGUGUCAGAAGGAACUAUGGUGGUAAUUCGCGACAUCUAUGAACAGGCUUUGCGGAGUCUCAUUGACAUGAAGGGCCUCGCUGGAGAUCUCGAUGUGAUCUCAGUGAUCAUUAGAAAAUGGACCCUAGACGGAGACAUGAAAAAUUCCUUGCAAAAGUUUGUUGAAUCUAGAGAGGCGGCUUACGAACGUCUGAUGAGAAUGAGAAAUGAGAAACAGGAAGCAGAAAUCCAAGAGGAUGCUGACGAGGGACUUCUAGGCAUCAUGGUGUAA